CACAAACUUCAAGGUAAGCACUGUUAGCGGCUAUUAAGCUAAGUUAACGGUUGGUCGGUGGUGCAGUAUCAUUGCUAAAUACAGGCAAAAAUGAAAGUUUCCACAACACUGAACGCGGAGGAAGGAACCGGGGGUGAAUCUGAAGAAAAAGACACGAGUGAAGGUGUUGUGUCUUUCGCUCCAGGCCAGGAGUCUCAGAGUGCAGCUGCUGAUGGGACAAAGGUUAACGCUGACACAAUAGAAACCAAUGCAUUAGAAAGCAACACAGUUCAUUCAGGUCCCAGAAUUACCAAACAGUUUUUAAGGGAACAUUGCAAGAAAAACAAACUGUACCUGACACCAAGGCUGAAUGACACACUUUAUCUUCACUAUAAAGGUUUUUCUUGUAUUGAGGGUUUGGAGGAGUACACUGGCCUGCGCUGCCUGUGGCUGGAAUGCAAUGGCAUUCGCAAGAUUGAAAAUCUGGAGAACCAGACAGAGCUACGCUGUCUUUUCCUCCAUCAGAACCUAAUCCAUACUCUGGAAAACCUGGAACCACUCAGCAAGCUUUGCACCCUCAAUGUCUCAAACAAUUAUAUCAAGGUCAUUGAGAACAUAUCCUGCUUGAGCGAACUGUCCACUCUACAGAUCGCCCAUAACUCACUUGAAAAUGUGUGUGACAUGGAGGAGCUGUCAAGCUGUCUAUCCAUCAGUGUUCUUGAUCUGUCUCACAACAGAAUCAGUGAUCCAGCCCUCAUCUGCGUUUUGGAGAGAAUGCCUGACUUGCGGGUGUUAAAUCUAAUGGGUAAUAAGGUCAUCAAAAAAAUCCCAAACUACAGGAAGACUCUGAUUGUGCAUCUCAAGCAGCUGACCUAUCUAGAUGACCGGCCUGUGUUUCCAAAGGACAGAGCAUGUGCAGAGGCAUGGGCAGCUGGUGGUUUGGAAGGUGAGCGAAAAGAAAGAGAAAUGUGGGAAACGAAAGAGAGAAGGAAGAUUCAGGAGAGUUUGGAUGCAAUGGCUGCUAUCAAAGAGAACGCACUGAGAAGACGGCAGGCUCGAGAGCUUUUGGAGAAAGAGCCUCCAAGUCCUAUUCCUGAGGAUCAGAGCCUUCAAGAUGAAACACAAGAAACUACAGAGAGUGACUCUUCAAAAAAAGAGCAAGAACAACCUGAUCCAUCAGCUUCAGAGUUGGACAACACUUUCAAACAUGUAUCUGAUGAAGAACAGAAACAGACUGGCCAAUCAACCCGGGCACUGAAGACUGAAGAGGAGAAGUACCAGAAAAUAAGUGUUCACACAAAACCAUCAGAGUCACAUCAGAGUGGGAUAGUCUCGGCUGCAGGCCCUGGAGCUCUCGUCACUGAACUGAUCUCUGAAGAUGAAAUAGAGUCCAUCACCCUGUCAGAUGAACCUGUAUUAACAAUUGAUGAUCUGCCAGACCUCGAUGAUGAUGAAAAUAGCCUUAUAUUCUCAACAAUGUCAUCAAGUGUGGUCCGUCCAAAGAUUCAGGUCUCUGGUGAUGACAUGGAAUCAGAGGCUCUUACGAGUUUGUAUCACUUUCCUCAGUCAGACACUGUGUCCACUGAUCAUUCUCAGCUGCUUAUUAAUGUCUCCACUAAGAGAACCUCAGUCAAGCAGCAGAGUCCUUCCUUCUCUGGUCAAGCAGAGGCAGGGGAUGACUUCCCAAAGCCAGAGGAAAAUAGAAUGACUGUUUUGAUUGAAGAGCUUGACUGAGUUUUAACGGUUGAGCAAAUGGAUAGAACUAUUUUCUAGUGUUUUCUAACCCUAAUGUUCCAUCACAAACCUUGGAUGUGUAUUUAAAGUGAUCACCCCAAAAACAAAAAUUCUGUCAUCAAGUACUCACCUUCAUGAUGUUCCAAAACCAUAAGCUUUUAUUCAUCUUCAGAACACAAAUUAAAGUAUUUUUGAUUAAAUCCAAGAGAUUUCUAACCCUGCAAAAGCAAAUUGUCCAUGUAAUAUCAGUGGUUUAACCAUAAUUAUGUGACAUAAUUAGCUACUUUUUGUUGUCAAAGAAAAAAACUAUUGAACAGUUCUUCUCCUCUGACUUAUUCCACCAUUAUGUAGAAUGCUAUUAUGCAUGUGGAUGCUGUCUUUAUGAGUAUGUGUCCUCAUACUCUCCACAAUGAGGGCAGAUGGGAUUAAGAGGAGAAGAAUUGUUCAAAUAAAGCCAUUAUAUUUUUUAUUUCUUUGCACGUGAAAACUAUUCUUGCAGCUUUGUAAAAUUACGGUUGAACCACUAAUGUCACAUGGAUUACUGAUGUCCUUGCUAUGUUUUGGGACCUUGGAGAUUUUCAGUCAUGUUGCUGUCUGUGGAGGGUCAGAAAUCUCAUCAAAAAUAUCUUAAUUUUUUUGUGAAGAUCAACAAAGGUCAAACAAAUGACAAGUAAUUAAUGACAGAAUUAAAGUUUGGGGGGAAACUAUCCUUUUAAAUUUGAUGUCUACCUGAUUUAUAAAAGAUGUUUAACUUUAAAUCACCAAAUCACAUUAAUCAUUUAAAUAAAAUAAUAAAAAUACAAUAAAUUGCUUUAUAUU